AUGGCCGCCACGCUCGUACUUCCCGGGGAUCAAAUCCCAAUCCCCUCUACUUCAAGAAAUAUCAUCAUCGGCCCAGGCAUCGCAGCAGCAGACAAUGCCUCCCCAUCUUCUGCCCCGGCUCUUGUGGCCACCAGGCUCGGCAUGCUGCAUACUGGCAAAGGAAAGGAGAAGAGCCAGAAGGUCUGGAUAGAAGGAAAUUCCAAACGGUAUAUCCCGGCGCAAAAGGAUAUGGUGCUGGGCGUAAUCAUCGCUAGACAUUCUGAAGGGUACAGGGUGGAUCUUGGAUCAGCGCAGAUGGCUCAGCUAGAUGCUCUGUCAUUUGAAGGAGCGACGAAAAGAAGCAAGCCGAAUUUGAAGGUCGGUACCUUGGUAUUUGCACGAGUCAUUUCUGCGAGCAGAGAUAUGGAGCCCGAGCUCGAAUGUUUUGAUGCCAAUACUGGCAAAUCUGAUGGGUUUGGAGAGUUGAAAGGCGGCGUGAUGAUCAACUGCACUCUGCAGUUAUGUCGCCAACUGCUCAACAGAAAUUACCCUCUCCUCCCGGCUAUUGCCUCUGCAUUCCCUUUUGAAAUCAGUAUUGGCCUGAACGGCCGGGUUUGGCUCAAGGCGGAGACAGUCAGUGAGACGCUUGCUAUGAAGCGGGUAAUAGAGGGUGUAAACGACGGCGUUCUCGGGGUAGAGGAGGCGGCUGUCAAGGCGAAGAUACAAGAGUAUAUGGCUUAG